UUUCAUUUCCUGCUAUCUAUCGUUAUCGCACUGCCCAAGAUGCCCACCAACGCCAGCGCAACCCCGAAGACCGUCCUCCACGCGAUUCACAAUCUUCCCAAGAGGGUCAAGAGUAGCGGGCAACUGCGCUCCCGGAGCAUCCGCCGCGGAAAGGAGAACUCUACAUCAUCGUCGCGCGCGCCCACUGCCUGCCGCACCCGUGCCGCUAAUCUCAUCAUCGCCUCAGAAUCAUUCGUGGCGGCGCGGUGGGCGCCCUGGGACGGCAAGGUCGUCAUCAAAGUGGCCGUCCCGUGCAUGGACGACAUCUGGAAGUUCAAGAUCCCCGAGGGCAUCACUCUCGAGAGGCUGACCCGGCGGGUCGAGGCAAAGAAAAGCCAUCACUUCUGCGUCCUCAGAGUCCAAGCUCCUUCGUUCGCUCCUUGACGGUUCUUUCCGCGCGAGGUACAGGCUGCGGCGCCGAGGUCAUUGAGCAUAGCCUGUGGUCGACUGUCUGAGCUCAGUCUAAGAGAUACUUGGCAGAUGAGAAGUCAUUCUGACUGCGCAAUCAGGUAUCGUCCACAUGCAGACGGCAGAUAUUCGGGUCGAAGUGCGCGAAACGACCAAAUGUGCGACGAUGACGAGACGCGUUCGGCCGCGUGUCGGCGCAGAGCACCAAUGGCCCGCGCGUACGUAUACUGUAGUCAAGUGCAUGCUCAUACGUUGGGGCCCGGAGGGGUGAUGGCACCGCGGGACACAGUGCAUGUGCAGCACCAAUAAGCCGUUGACAGUAUGUCCGAAUCACAUCGC